AUGAGUCGGCUCGCUUCGUGGUUUGGCGGCUCCAAGGCGGCGGAAACCGUCGAGUACCAGGCCGAAAUCGACGCAGAGCGCGCCAACCUCGAGUACGCGAUGCGCGCGACCAACCUGAUCAUCGACGACGACAUUGACACCGCCAAGAAGGUGCUGGCCGAGGGCGCCUCCUCGGUUUACAAAGACCUCGGCAUUGCCCUCAUAUCCUUCAUGAAGGCUAUCCUCGGCUUCGAGAAGGAAAACAUCGCUCUAGCAGCUAAGCUGCUGGCUGAGUGCGAGGCGCGGGCCUGGCAGGACCUCAAGCACGCAAAGGGACGCCCCGCGGCGAGCCAAAUCUUCCCGGCCGGCACUGAGUACGAGGUUGUCGUGGCGCAGACGCAGCUCAUGUUGGCCGUUGUUGGCGUUCUCAACGAAAGCGUCAUCGAGGCUAUGAGUGGCUGCCUGAAGCUGCGACGCGCGUACAAUACGCUCGACGCCAUCAUGGCCAAGGAAAAAGAAUAUUUUAAGAAGCAGCGCACGCGGACCGGGUCGGGGAGCGCGGCGGUUGCUAGUGCUCGCGCAUCAACAGAGGGCAAGAAUGUGUUUUCGGCAGCGCACACGCCCUCGUCGUCGAGGACAAGCCUUGAGGGCCUGACGACCGAUAUGGAGAAGCUGACCGCGCUGGGCACCACGUCGCCGGCGCUGCAGGAAAUUGACGUGGAGCUGGCGAAUCCGGUUGAUGCCUUUAUCCACUCCGGCAUCAACAUGUGCAUGGGCAUGCUUAUGCUCAUGAUGUCGCUGAUGCCUCCAGCGUUUGCGCGUAUUCUGGCGGUUGUUGGCUUCAAGGGCGAUCGCGAAAUAGGCAUGCAGAUGCUUUGGCGAUCCACAGCCCAUCAUAAUGCGAACGGUGCGUUUGCAGGCAUCACGCUUCUCAACUUUUACCACAGCAUACUGGGCCUCACCGACAUCCAGCCGCACGGGGCCGACUUCGACGAGUCAGCCGAGCCCUACGGCAUUCCCCAGAAAAAGGUCGCCGGCCUUCUGGUCACCCUGCGUGCGCGCUUCCCGCAGUCGCGCAUGUGGCUCAUCGAAGAAGCCAAAGGCCUCGCAAACCGCCGCAACCUCGCUGCAGCUAUCGAGAUCCUCGAGAGCGGCACAGCGUCCAAGAUGAAGCAGAUCCAGGCAAUCAACGUGUUCACGCUUGCCCUAUUCUCCAUGUCGGCGCAUGACUGGCCGCGCAUGCGCAAGUACUUCCUGCAAGUCCUCGAGGUCAACACCUGGAGCCAGGCGCUGUACUACUACAUGGCAGGGGUGGCUUCGCUGGAGCUGUACCGCGACGCGGUGGCCCGCGGGGACGCGACAACAGCGGCUGCCGAGAAGAAGAAGGCGGAAGCGUACCUGCGGGACUCUCGCGAGAAGUCGGCCAAGAAAACGUUCAUGGCCCGGCAGCUACCCUUUGAGGCGUUCGUGCAGCGCAAGCUGCAGAAGUGGGAGGCGCGCAGCAAGGAUCUCGGCGUGGACCUGGCGGACGCUGUGUCGGUUAGUCCCGCGGUGGAAAUGACGUUUGCAUUUGGCACGACGACGUUGAUGUCGACGAGCGAGUUUGACAAGGCCCAGGAUUGCCUGGCAUGGAGCAGGCUCACGGCGCCAGCGGACAAGCUAGACAAGCUCAAGGAUAGGGACGAGCUGGGCGUGCGGGCCGUGUGUCUGGCGUCGAUCCUGCGCGGCAGCAACCACCUUGACGAGGCACAGACGUUGCUUCAAAAGGAGGUGCUGUCUCAUGACAAGAAUCUGUUCAAGGGCGGCCAUAGAGAAGACUACGUCGUGCCGGCGACGCUGCAUGAACUGGCGGCCAUUGCGUGGGCCGAAUGCGAUCAGCCGCCGGCCGACCUCGACGCAUCGAAGCUCGAAGCGCAUCAAAAGGCCAAGGUAAAGGAGUGCGAAGAACAUUUGGAAAAGGCGCGUUUGUGGGAGUCGUACGUGCUGGACGGGCGGAUAGGCAUGCGCAUCCAGUGCGGGCUGGCGACGCUUGCGUGGUAUCGCAAGACCAAGGGCUGGGUGGCGGCGUAA